CGUGUCGUCAUUUAAAAAGAAAGUACCAAGCUUAGGCGUUGAGUUUCAAGGGUUUUCUCUCUCUUUCGGGAGUUCGUGUUUCAAUCCUCUCUCUUCUGUCUUUCUCUCUCCUCUUCAAUCAACUUUCUCUUUCAAUCCAAUUUCUGCCCACUUCAUGAGGAGGUACAGCCCUGGUUAUUACAGUCCCCCACGAAGGGGUUAUAGUAGUAGAGGAAGAAGCCCUCCGAGAGGUGGAUAUAGCCCCCCGAGACGGGGUUACAGUCCUCCAAGAAGAGGACAUGGUGGUUAUGGAAGACGCAAGGAGCCAAAUCAUGGAAGCUUGUUGGUUCGUAACAUUCCAUUAGACUGCAGACCUGAAGAACUUCGAGUUCCUUUUGAAAGAUUUGGGCUUGUCCGUGAUGUCUAUAUCCCAAAGGAUUAUUAUACAGGGGAACCUCGUGGCUUUGCCUUUGUGCAGUUUGUGGACUCUUAUGAUGCUUCAGAGGCUCAAUAUCACAUGAAUGGGCAGAUUUUUGCUGGACGAGAGAUCAGUGUAGUUGUUGCUUCAGAGUCGAGAAAAAGGCCUGAGGACAUGCGCAGGAAAACCAGGCAGAGAAGUGGUGGUCCACGAUAUGGUGGACGAAGAUCACCUGGCUACAGACGCUCUCGUUCACGAUCAGUUUCCCGCUCACGCUCGCCUCGCUUUCGCUCUGGUUCUGGCUCUAAAGGAGUUCAUCACUCAAGGUCCUAUUCCCCCUCUCCCAGAAGACAUGAGGAGUACUCAGCCUCUCCUAGUAGGAGGCCUGUUGAUCGCUCAAGAUCACCAAGGGAUUCACCACGUGGUGGAGAUGCCCGUAAAUCAUUUUCCCCUGAUCAUGAAGAUCGUAAUGAAACUGCUGUUGGGAAAGCUAAAUAUGAAGCUGAGGAAGAACGAGGCCGCGGAGAUCCUCCAAGGCGUGUUUCUAGAUCACCAUCUGGCUCAAGAUCUCGAUCUGCAGAUGCGUCACCAGCCCCUAGUAGAUGAGCGGCGGAUGAUGUGAUUGUAGGUUUGAAUCAGCUUGGGCUAUAAUCUGCUGAAACAGUUUAUAAACUGCUUGUUCUUUUAGUUUAAAUGUCAUGUGAACUGGGAUCUUAUAAUCUGUUAUUAUGGUGACUCGUUCAGACUUUUUGGAUCUUAAUCUAGUACUUCGUACUUCAUGUCCUUGCCAAAGCUUCUGUCAUGGAUGCUUUUGUUAUUAGUAUGGAUUAUACAUUUUGUGUUAUCUGAUUGUUUAAAAAUGAUUGUUGGAAUCCUUCUUCGAA